AGCAAAAUCCAGUCGUGAGCUCUGCCUAUGGAAAAGGGUUCUCGCCGCCGCACCUUUCCGCUUGGCCGGCCACGGCCUCUAAAUCGCUCAUCCGACCUAGACUUGUGACCAAUUCUGUCCUGUAGGAUGAACUGGACUGCUGCCACGUGCUGGGCUCUGCUGCUGGCCGCCGCCUUCCUCUGUGACAGCUGUUUGGCCAAGGGUGGCCGUGGAGGCGCCCGAGGCAGUGCCCGGGGGGUGCGCGGAGGUGCGCGCGGGACAUCAAGAGUGCGCGUAAGGCCGGCGCCCCGUUACAGCUCCUCUCUGCGAGUAGCGGCUGCAGGGGCAGCAGCAGGGGCUGCGGCGGGUGUGGCUGCGGGCCUUGCCACCGGCUCUGGCUGGAGGAGGACUUCAGGGCCAGGAGAGCUAGGCCUGGAGGACGAUGAGAACGGGGCAAUGGGAGGCAACGGGACCGACCGAGGAGUCUACAGCUACUGGGCUUGGACUUCCGGCUCAGGGUCCGUGCACAAUCCACGUAUUUGUCUGCUUCUAGGAGGCACCCUUGGUGCCCUAGAACUGCUUCGGCCCUAGACCAGGCUAAGCUCCAUCUCAGGUCUAGCUCCUAGUUUGUCUUAAGGCCCCUAGGGCCCACUCUAAUGACUCCCUGGGCAGGAGGCCACUUCAUUUUUGCUGACUAUAAUUCCCCAGCCCAGUUCUGGGCCCAUAAGGCCUCUUGGAAUUUGUGGAUACAGUUUACUCUCUUGCCCAUCCCAGUCUCCCGGUCUUCCACUUAGGCAGGAACUAGCAGCUCUACUACCAGAGAGGCAGGCUGCCCUCGACUCUCCUGAGUUGCCCAAGCAGGCAUGCCUGUCUGCUUGCCCACCCCGACACAAGAACAUUAACAAUGCUGGCCACCAAGAAGAAGCGAUCCUCGGGUGGGCCUGUCUGAUUCUGCCACCAAAGCCCCAAAGACCUUGGGCCUCCUCCCAUGGAAGCAGGGGGAGAAAACCACUUCCCUCUGGACUUAAGAGAGCAUUCACUUGGACUGCAGUGUGAGAAAUGUCAGGUGCUAACCACCUGCCCAGAGCAGGUCCUAAUGAUGUCAUAGCUCAGAAGCAUCCAGAGCAGGAAAAUAUCCAUCCCAGGACACCCACUGUGGUUCCAUACAACAUGCUACCAAAGCCAAGGUAGUAGUAUGUUUCUUCCUGGCAGACUGCCUAAGAGACCUUGUGUCAGAAGGGUUUUCCACUUGAAGCCACUUGGCCAUAAGGUCCACUUAACUGUUCCUAAAAUCCACUGAGGGUAGGGGUUUUGAAUCCACUUUCAAAAACAUUCCGUUCCAUUUGAACUUUAGGUUCACAAGUGAGGGUCACGGGUACAAAACCAGUCCUGCUGGGGGCUUCUUUUUAUAUAACUCAAACUGCAAGAUUACCAGUUCCAGUGGAUGUCAGCACUUCAUAUUGGGAGACCCCUCCCUUGGAAAUGGAUGAACUGGAGGUGAGACAGAUCAUGGCACAACUGACAGCUGGCAGACUGCACAGUGGAGGGGGCAGCAGUUCUUCAGGUCCACUGCUUCCAGAAGAAAGCUAACAGACACAGAAGAACCAGCCUCAGCAGGCUGUGAGCAUGGGUUAAUGCUACUAGUUUUCUGACCAUCCAUAUCCAUCCUGAGAACAGAGCUGAUGUGCUGAGUGGCCUCAAAGAGAUACAUUAUAGUCCUCACAAGAAUCUACCUUUGAGCAGACUGGCUUCUUGCUGUUUCAGGGCUCUCUAGCACAUCUUUGCCAAAUAGAGUAAUGUGUCUCGGGACUCAGUCUAUAUAUACAAUGCUAGCUCAGCAUACCUCUGGUUAGUAUACAGGUUUCAAGGCUAUUGGCAGGGCCCUAGCCAAGCAUUUUCUUGGCCAACAAGCUGCAGAAUGCAACUCCCUGCAUUCACACUGCCGGUGCUCUUAGGCACAGUCAACCCAACUGCUCCUCUGUCCCUAAUAGACCAAGCUCAAAACUACCAAGACCAGCAAGCUAAGGGCCAAGCCCACUAUGGUCCUCAAAGACAGGUGCUGAUGCAUCAAGUCUGGUAUAGGGAGAACCACCAGAGCCCCUUCAACUUGUCUAACAUCCAUGAGGAUGGACUAUAUGGACCAGACCCUCAUGUACCACAGAAUACCAUGUGCUAGUUCUUGGCAUUAUGGCAUUAUCAACAUAUCACUUUUUAAUGAUUAUUUCACAUUCACCAAUCUGACUUCUCCAGAGUGUUCAGCAUUUGACACAGCCACACAACUCUGAAUACCUUCUCCACUAGCAGGAACUAUAGAUGCUGAUGGAGAAUCUCAGAGGAGACUUACUAUACUGCAGCCAUAGCAAGAGACAACAGUGGAAGGCUAGCCCCUGCUAUCAGCCAUCCACAAGAAGCAGAGACCCUGCUGAGCAUCCAAGCACUGGGUCCAGCAACUGUGAAAAGCCCAGGCCAAUACUGAACAGAAGAGACUAGAACUACUGAGCAAGGACAGCCCAGCUGGCCCAGCAGCACUUCCAUCUGUAUCAACCAACUCCUUGCCUUUUCUUUUUAGACAGCAAGCUGCUGGCAGCAACAUCUUCUAGGUGAGUACAGGUACAUGGAGGUCAGCCAUGCUGGUCCAUGCCCUCUGCACUGCUCCUGUAGCCACCAUGGUUUCAAUGGCUAGACAUGAUCCCCUUCCAGUAAUCUUCUGGCCUGUACAAAGUUGAGCCUACAGCAGAAGGCCUCCUGUGGUACAGGCCCUGAAGUGUAAGAGGGGAGGACACUCCUGGACUUCACUGCUGUAAACCUCCUGUCUGUCUGCGCACUUUAUCAGUGAGGAGUUCGUUGUGAAAUAAAGCCCUCUGCUGGUAACAAGCUUCUCCCUCACUGCAGAACUUUGAGACACUUGAAAAUCUGACUUAGGAACCCCAGUCCCCUAAUCUACUAAUCCCCAGCAUUCAUUGGUGGAAGGGUGAUUUAACUUAUGGGCUCAACAUACUAAGUACACAAUGAAAAAGCCAUCAUAAAAUAGGUCUUUUCACUGGGUGUCAUGGCACACACCUGUAAGAGGCUAAGGCAGGGGAAAUGUAUUUGAGACCAGCCCAAGCCACAUAAUGAAAACUUGUCUGAAAAUGACAAAAAGAUAAAUAAAGUAAAAUAA